UUGGUUUUGUUGUUUAGUUUCGUUGUUAAGGUGAUUUCUUUAUUCAUUCUAGAACGGUUUUACAAGUGUUCAAUAUUUCAUUCUUUAAAAGGAAGAAUCAGUGUCAUCGGCAGAAGAGUGGACGUGCUUUGUGUGUGUUGAGGUGUUGGAAAUGUCCCAGGAUUGAAGCUAAGUCGAGGCAGGUGCCUGCCGACUAACCUACCUUAAGAGACCUUACAAGACUCCGCCUACAGUGUUGUGUGUGUGUUUUUUUUUUUAAAGCCUGAAACCAUGAAGCAGGCUGAAGAGAAACUAGGAACCUGCGGACAAACCACAACAUUGGAUGCACGAUACGAUUUGCCCAAGUUCGUGGGCUCCUUGAACAACGUCACCAUCGCCGUGGGACGGGAGGCGCUGCUGACGUGCGUCGUGGAGAACCUGUCAAAUUACAAGGUGGCGUGGCUGCAGGUGGACACGCAGACCAUCCUGACGAUCCACGGCAGCGUCAUCACCAAGAACCACCGCAUCAAGGUGACGCAGACGGACCAGCGCACGUGGCAACUGCACAUCCGCGACGUACGCGAGACGGACCGCGGCUACUACAUGUGCCAGCUCAACACGGACCCCAUGAAGAGCCAGCAGGGCUACCUGGAGGUCGUCGUGCCGCCCAACAUCCUGGACGACUACCACACGAGCACGGACAUGGUGGAGCGCGAGGGCCACAACGUGUCGAUGCGCUGCGAGGCCACGGGGUCGCCGCCGCCAGUCAUCAUCUGGCGCCGCGAGGACGGCAAGAAUAUCAAGCUGGGCAACGGCCUCGAAGAAUCGAGCUUUGAGGGAUCGCUGCUCACGAUCCACCGCGUGGACCGCCUGUCCAUGGGCGCCUACCUCUGCAUCGCGUCCAACGGGGUGCCGCCGUCCGUCAGCAAACGACUCAAGCUCAUUGUACAUUUUCCUCCCAUGAUCACAAUCCCAAACCAGCUCGUCGGAGCAGUACAGGGUCAAAAUCUGACGCUGGAGUGCAUCUCUGAAGCUUUCCCGAAAUCCAUCAACUACUGGACCAGGAACGGUGAAAUUGUCACAGCCGGUCCUCGGCACGAGCCCACCGUGUACGACAAGGACUACACAAUCACGAUGAGACUCCACAUCAGGAAUGUCCAAAAGAUUGACUUCAAUUCUUACAAAUGUGUCUCGAAAAACAACCUGGGCGAGACGGAUGGUCUCAUUCAAGUGGAAGAAAUACUCCAGCCUUCUACGCCGAUGACCACGUCCAGACCAUCUCACUCAACGCAUCGAAAGGGUAAGAAAGGGACCCGCAAGGAGAGUCGGAACGACAACGAAGUGCACCCAGAAAACGACAAUACUUCAGAAAAGUACCGCGGUGACUUGAAGCGGACCGACGCGGACCUGACAGCGAGGGGUGGGGCGCACUCCAAGGCUGCCUUCUCUUCCGGGACGCCACGGACCUCGCAAUUCCUCAAUGGUAUCGCGUUGAGUCUCAUUUCCAGUGUAUCCCUGGUUGUGCUCAGAUGUUCCAUUUAAGUUUUAAGUCAGAAUGGCCCACCACAAAUCUCCACUGCCCUGUCAGGUGAAAUGAAAAACUAAGGGGUAAACUCAAUAACGUUGUAAUGGACUGGUUUGUUUAAAAACAAAAGCCCCAGUGGAAAGCUUAUUGGUUCUGCUACCGCCGCCUGGGAGGUAGGCAACACAAGGCACCGGUGUGCAACAGGUUGCCUAUCCUCGGGUUUGCAGGCGCUCGUCAGGAACUGUCCCUGUUUUACAUAUCUUCCAGUUUUUGUUGUUUCAAAGUGUUGGCGCACGCACAUAGAAAACAAAUUGUGUUACUUUAAGGCAGUUCUUGAGAUUAAUUGGAUUACUGUAUGUGUGUUUAACGAAAGAAUGUACGAAACAGUCAGAAUGUGCUUCCUUUAUAGGUUGAAUAAUUAAAAUAGCAGCAAAGUUUUAUAAAAUUUCAUCCUUGCAUUAUUUAAUAAAACACAUUCGCAUAA